CCGCUGACAAAAAAAUGGAAUGAGCGGAAACCGCUGCAGAAACCAACCGCCUUGCCUCUCGUACUGUCCCCGAGCCAGGUCUCGCUGUCUGUCGGCCUGAAAAACGGAUCACGGACGACCACAAACGAGCAGAACGAGGAGCGGUGCAUAGAGGGACGACAAGAUGCCGCACAACUUUCGGCCCGGGGAUCUUGUCUUUGCUAAAAUGAAGGGCUAUCCCCACUGGCCGGCCCGGAUUGAAGAUGUUGCCGAAGGGGCUGUCAAACCACCACCUAAUAAAGUCCCUAUUUUUUUUUUCGGGACUCAUGAAACAGCAUUCCUUGCACCUAAGGACCUUUUUGCUUAUGAAAAGCACCAAGACCGAUUUGGGAAGCCCAACAAAAGGAAAGGGUUCAAUGAAGGCUUGUGGGAAAUCCAAAACAACCCUCACGCCUCCUAUAACACACCUGCACCUGCCUCAUCAUCAUCGGACAGCGAGGACGAACAACCUGCGCCAGGAAGUGAUGCGGAAGAUGACGAGGAAGCGGUGGUACCGAGGAAAGCUGAAACGGGAAGUAAUGAUUCUGACUCUGGAAGUGAGGAUCAAAGGAAGACUGCAGUGAAGCGCAAAGCUCCUGCUGCAAAGCGGCCACCAGUGAAGAGAACACGGGCGUCAUCCAGUGAUCGAGAUGGAGAGGAGAGUGGAUCUCCCUCAGAACCAGAACCGUCACCUAGCUCGGACUCUGACUCGGGCAAAAACAGUGAUCAGGACUUCACGCCACAGAAAGAGUCAGGCGGUCGAGGCGGCAAAAAGCCAGCUAGUAGAGGCAGGAGGAAGAAGGCAUCAUCUGGCUCCGACUCUGAAUCAGGCUCCCAGUCAGAUCAGAAGGCCGCCAGGAGCCAUUCAGAAGAAGAGAAGCCCCGGCCAGCCGUCUCUGGAUCCGAAUCGCAGUCUGGGUCCAAAUCCGACUCUGAUUCAGAACCUCCUCCUCCUGCAAGGAAAGGCCCACAAGGGCGCAAGAAAGCGGAGAAACCUCCACCAAAGCCACGGGGAAGGAAAUCCAAACCAGCUCCAGAAAGGGCUCCUUCCUCUUCAUCGGACAGCGAUAGCGACAGCGAGACGGACCGCGUCAGCGAGUGGAAAAAGAGAGAUGAGGAGCGACGGAAGGAACUGGAGGAGCGAAGGAAGAAAGAGGAGGCCGAAGAGCUCCGUCGGCUCCGGGAGAGAGAGAAAGAGGAGGAAGAAAAAAGGAAAAGAGAGAAAGAGAACAAGGCCAGAAAAGGAAGCAGCAGUGACGGCGGCAGCAGCAGUUCAGAUGAUGACGUGGAUGAUCACCCUCUCAAAAAAUCCAAGAAACCUCCGCCUCCCCCCAUCCCCGCCCCAUCAGACUCCGACUCGACAUCACCCACAGAGAUGAAAAAAUCCACCAAACGUCAAGACAGCCAGAAAGGGCGGCAAAAGAAAGAGAAGGAGGUGAAAGAGAAAAAAGAAAGGAGGAUCAAAGAAAAAAAGCCACAGAGAUCAGAGGAGAAACACAAAGCGAGGCCUAAGCCAGAGAAGCCGAAACGGAAGCUGGCGCGUCCACCUGAGAAGAAAGUCGAGAAGAAAAAAGAACCCUCACCUGAAGAGAAACUACAGAAGCUUCACACAGACAUCAAGUUUGCACUGAAGGUUGACAACCCAGAUAUUGAGAAGUGUCUACAGGCCUUGGAGGAGCUCAGCUCGGUACAAGUAACCACUCAAAUCUUGCAGAAGAAUGCAGAUGUUAUUGCCACACUCAAAAAGAUUCGGCGGUACAAAGCAAGUAGUGCGGUUAUGGAGAAGGCCACUGCAGUCUAUAAUAAGCUAAAGCUCCAGUUCAUUGGCAAGAUCGAGUCCGGUAAACCAAAACUGGAUGAAAAGAACCAAGAAACCAAUGAGCAAGACACACAAAACACAGAUGACUCUAAACCAGUGAAUGGAGAGUCAGAAAAUGAGAAAAAAGACAUUUCUGAAUCUGAAAGCAACCCCAAACCCACAGACCAAGAGAAACAGGAUGAGAACAAAUCCCCGAACGGCUUCAGGCCCAAUCCAGAUGACCAAACAGAGCAGCAAACACUCCCAGCUGACUCCACAGAGGACAGUCCCACAGCAGACACAGACGUAAAAGAGGACAGUAGAGUUCAUGACGAGCAGAUGUCGUCUGAGAGCUGAACUGCGCUCACAAACACACUUUGGCUUCCUUCAUUCAUUUGUGUUACUUUUAGUCUGCACACCUUUGUGAUCUACAUGAGUUUUUCGUGUUGUACAUAAAACGUGAUACGAACAUUAUUAGCACUUUUGAAUCGGGACGUCAUGAGGCAAACAAGCGCCUUAAUCUAAAUGUUCAAUGUGGAUGAUGCUGCACUACCCACGUUUGGUCAAUUGAAGACCAGCAUUUUAGUUCAGAACCACAGGGACGUCUAGGAGGAAAAAUACAGAAGCCCACAUAUAUUUGGAGACUGUGCUUGUAUAACGUAGCUGCUUUUUAUGAGUAAAACCUUUUUUCCUUUAGUUGUUUUUUUAAUGAAAAAAAAGGAAAAUAAAACAGUCAGAUUUUUUGUUGAUUGACCCACUAAGCCGAACCUCAAGAGAUCAUGAAGUUUGAUCAUCAUUCUCAUUAUUACUGCACAAAUCUACAUCUGAUCUGUAUGGAUUUCAUAACUUUUAGUGUCUAUGGACUCACUAAAUGCUGUAGACGUACCAUUUGUUGUCUGUUGUUUGGUCCUCUAAUAAUAAUAACUUCUGCAUAGGUUGACCCAAUAAUGCUAUUCUUUUCUCGGAUGUCCUAAAACAUGCUUAUUAUAAACUGGUUUCUAGUGCUAUGUAACUUGGUCUGAGCUUUUUUUUAGUAUCCAUGAAGGAUUAAAUAAAAAUUCUGCAUGAUGGCCACAA